AUGAAUGGGAAAAUAAAUGGAGUAACAAAAACAUGCGAUCAUGAUACAUUAACAGACGAAGAAAUAAAUAAAAAAUUAUGGUUAAAAUCCGAUGACGAAUCAUACUAUGCAUUAAAAAAUAUUAUAACUGCCAAAGAUUUUAUAAAAGAUUUGCCACAUGCAAAACAUUUUGUGCAUACUGGCCGCUUGGAACCUUAUCAUAAUGUAAGGCUAAAAUAUAUGCCAAAACGAAUUCAUCUGAAAUAUAGAGGUAUGUACAUAAGAUCCAUCAUGGCUAUAUUGAACCAUAAUUACAAUACAAAUAAACAAAUAGUAGGUGAUAAAAUGGUAUACUGGAAACCGUUAGGGAAAUACACAAUAAAAAAUGUAUAUGAGCUAGUGAUGGGAAUAAUCGAGAGAAAUUACUCGAAAUACUCGAUUUUUAGUUUUAAUCGAUUAUUUCGAUUGUUUUGA